AUGAGGCUCUCGUCGUCUUCCGGCAGCGUCCUCCCGGCUCAGCCGGGCUCGCCGGAAGCUGUGGAGGAGCACAAGUGCCUGAAUUCGGAGUUGUGGCAUGCCUGUGCCGGCCCGCUUGUUUCCUUGCCCGCGGUGGGUAGCCGGGUUGUGUACUUCCCUCAGGGCCACAGUGAGCAGGUAGCAGCAUCAACAAACAAGGAAAUGGAGUCUCAGAUCCCCAAUUAUCCUAAUCUGCCGCCACAGCUUAUAUGCCAACUGCAUAAUGUGACGAUGCAUGCUGAUGCAGAGACAGAUGAGGUAUAUGCACAGAUGACACUACAACCACUCAACCCGCAAGAACUGAAGGACCCAUAUUUACCUGCAGAAUUAGGUUCGGGCAAUAAACAGCCAACAAACUAUUUCUGCAAAACAUUAACAGCAAGUGACACAAGUACCCAUGGUGGGUUCUCUGUUCCCCGUCGAGCAGCUGAGAAAGUGUUUCCUCCACUGGAUUUCACCCAGCAACCUCCAUGCCAGGAGUUGAUGGCAAAAGAUCUUCAUGGCAAUGAGUGGAAAUUCCGUCACAUCUUUCGUGGUCAGCCAAAGCGGCAUCUUCUAACUACAGGCUGGAGUGUCUUUGUAAGUGCAAAGAGACUCAUUGCUGGUGACUCUGUCCUUUUUAUCUGGAAUGACAAUAACCAGCUUCUGCUGGGAAUUCGUCGGGCAAAUCGGCCACAAACAGUCAUGCCAUCUUCAGUCUUAUCAAGUGAUAGCAUGCAUAUCGGUCUUCUUGCUGCAGCUGCUCAUGCUGCUUCGACAAAUAGCCGGUUUACAAUUUUCUACAACCCAAGGGCAAGCCCUUCAGAGUUUGUCAUACCGCUUGCAAAGUAUGUUAAGGCUGUGUAUCAUACCCGUAUAUCUGUGGGGAUGCGUUUCAGGAUGCUUUUUGAGACAGAAGAGUCUAGUGUUAGGAGAUACAUGGGGACAAUUACCGGAAUCAGUGAUCUUGAUUCUGUUCGGUGGCCAAAUUCACACUGGCGUUCUGUUAAGGUUGGCUGGGAUGAAUCAACUGCUGGUGAGAGACAGCCAAGGGUGUCACUAUGGGAGAUUGAGCCCCUGACAACUUUCCCAAUGUAUCCAUCUCCUUUUCCGCUCAGGCUCAAGCGUCCAUGGCCAACAGGCUUGCCUUCUCUGCAUGGUGGGAAGGAUGAUGACCUGGCAAACUCUCUCAUGUGGCUUCGAGAUACCGCAAAUCCUGGUUUUCAGUCGUUAAAUUUUGGUGGACUUGGUAUGAACCCUUGGAUGCAGCCAAGGCUGGAUGCUUCCUUACUUGGUCUGCAACCUGACAUGUAUCAGGCGAUGGCCACAGCUGCUUUCCAGGAUCCAACAAAGCAGCAGCAGCCGUACCUUCAAAACAUCUCCGAGAGCACAAUCCAAGCGCAGGGUCAGUCUGAGUUCCUCAAACAGCAGCUCCAACGCAGCCAGUCAUUCAAUGAGCAGAAGCCCCAGCUGCAUCCCCAGCAACAACAGCAAGAAUCACAGCAGCAGCAGCAAUCACAGUGUCUGCAAGUCCCUCAACAUCAACAAAUGCAACAACAGAACAUGACCAACUACCAGUCUGUAUCUAAUGCAUUAUCAGCAUUUUCUCAGCUGUCGUCAGCCUCUCAGUCUUCACCUCUGGCACUGCAAACAAUAUUACCGUUCUCACAGGCACAGAGCUUUACAGACACCAAUGUAAGCUCACUGUCUCCAUCCAACACCAACACCAACACCAACACCAUGCAAAAUACACUGAGGCCAUUCUCAUCAGAAGCAGUUUCUCACCUCAGUAUGCCGAGGCCCACUGCGAUACCUGUCCCUGACCCAUGGUCAUCGAAGCGAGUUGCGGUGGAGUCUUUGAUUCCUUCUCGGCCCCAGGUUUCGUCCCAGAUGGAACAAUUGGACUCUACACAAGCUAGUAUACCUCAUAGCUCUGCGUUGGCACCACUUCCUGGAAGAGGAUGCUUGGUGGAUCAAGAUGUGAACUCUGAUCCUCAAAAUCACCUCUUGUUUGGUGUUAGUAUAGAUUCGCAGUCACUGCUAAUGCAAGGAGGCAUCCCUGGUCUCCAAAAUGGGAAUGAUUCAACUGCUAUACCUUAUUCCACUUCCAAUUUCCUGAGCCCUUCCCAGAAUGAUUUUCCUUUGGAUCAUACUCUAAAUUCUUCAGGCUGCUUAGAUGAUUCUGGGUAUGUGCCGCCAUGUUCAGAUAAUUCUGACCAAGUGAACCGACCACCAGCGACCUUCGUGAAGGUUUACAAAUCUGGAACCUACGGAAGGUCGCUUGAUAUCACUAGGUUUAGUAGCUAUCAUGAGCUCCGUAGGGAACUAGGGCGCCUAUUUGGCCUUGAGGGCCAGUUGGAAGACCCUUUGAGAUCAGGCUGGCAGCUUGUAUUCGUCGACCGUGAGGAGGACAUCCUUCUCGUGGGCGACGACCCUUGGCAGGAAUUCGUGAGUACGGUGUCCUGCAUAAAGAUACUCUCGCCGCAGGAGGUGCAGCAAAUGGGCAAGCAGGGGCUGGAGCUCCUGAGCUCAGCCCCCGCGCGGAGGCUAGAUAACAGCUGUGACGACUACGUUAGCAGGCAGGAAUCGAGAAGCCUGAGCACCGGGAUUGCGUCCGUCGGAUCGGUCGAGUUCUGA